CCCAGCCAAGCCCAGCAGCGGAGAGAGGAAGGAAAAGUUUUUCCAAAUGGAUUUCUUGGGUGGAAUCAAACGUUAUUUGUUUUCAUACGUACUUCUCAAUGGCAUAUUUAUUACAAUACAAACUAAAGAAGAAGUGCUUUUGGACAUGAGGGCGUCAGGAGAUGAACUGGGCUGGCUGACUUGGCCCUUAGAUCAGGGAGAGAAGACCGGGUGGGAGGUUGUCCAGAGGACUCUAAAUGGCUCUCAGUUCUACACGUACUCCAUCUGCAACGUGGAGGAGCGUGAGCAGGACAACUGGCUGCGCACCACCUUCAUCCAGCGGCAUCCAUUGGCCUCGCGGGUUUUUGUGGAACUUAAGUUUAUCGUACGCGACUGCAACUCUUUCGACGGAGCCUCGUUAAUAUGCAAGGAAACCUUCAACCUCUAUACGUCCGAAUCGGAUGCAGAUGUGGGCACCACCUUCCGCAAGAGCCAGUUUAAGAAGGUGGCCACCAUAGCUCCGGAUGAGAUCACCGGCAAAAAUGAAAUGCACAUCAACACAGAGACGCGAGUGGUGGACGGGCUGUCUCGAAAAGGUUUCUACUUGGCCUUUCAAGACAUCGGAGCCUGCAUCGCCCUUCUCUCCGUCAGGGUCUUCUACAAAACCUGCCCGGGCACCGUACAGAAUCUCGCCACGUUCCCCGAGACGGUGGCCGGAGGUGAGAACCAGCCGCUUACGAAAGUGAGCGGGGUAUGCGUGGAUAACGCAGCCAGUGAGGAGUCACCUCGCAUCUACUGCACCGAGGAAGGGAAGUGGGCGGUGCAGGUCGGACAGUGCCAGUGCAAACCAGGCUACGAAGAGGUCAAAGACGCAUGUCAAGAAUGUCGGCCUGGCUCUUUCAAAGCGGAGGCAUCGAGUGACGCGUGCGAGCCAUGUCCUGCCAACACCGAUACGCUGCAACAUGGUGCUGUGCUUUGUCCCUGCAAGGAUGGUUUCUUCCGGGCCCCAACCGACCCCUCUACUGGACCCUGCUCAGGCCCCCCCUCUGCGCCACGAGAUCUUUCGGCUGUCCGUCAGCCCUCCGUGGGAAGACUCAUCCUCUCCUGGACCCCCCCUGAAGACACCGGAGGUCGUAAUGACAUCACCUACAGCGUGGAAUGCCAGCGUUGCGAUGGGGUUGUGUGUCAGCCCUGUGGGGAGAGAGUUCGCUAUGAGCCGGGGAGCACGAAGCUGACUGAGGCCAGGGUGUCAGUGAGCGAGCUGGAAGCUCACCUCAACUACACCUUCAUCGUGCAGGCGCACAGCGGCGUGUCGCAGUGGGCUAGUGGGGCUCAGCGGCCAGCAUCCAGGAGCAAUGUCACUAUAUUUCUGCACUACACAGAUCCCCCCCAAAUUACCUCAAUGCGACUGGUGGGACAGACCUCCACCAGCCUGGCUCUUUCCUGGGAUGUCUCCCCUCGACCACGUGCCCAGCUUCACAUCCGGUAUAAACUAACUUACCACAAGAAGGAUGAUAACCUUGAUAAGACUACCUACACGGUGCUCACGCUCGACAAGAACUCUGCGCAAAUCAAAGAUCUGGCCCCGGGCACGGCCUACCUGUUCAUUGUGCAGGCUCUCGGCAGCGAUGACAACUCCGAAGGCUCCAGAAAGGAGGAGCAUUUCGAGACCUUGACUGAAGGAAGCCCGUCUCAGAACUACACAGUCUUAUUAGUGGCGGCAGUUGGGGUGGCGACGAUGCUGAUCGUAGUGUUCGCGUUCCUUUUCUUCCACAGACGAAAAAGGAACUCUCACACCAGGCAAGGACCAGAGGACACGUACUUCUCCACCCCAGAACAAUUGAAGCCUCUGAAGACCUACGUGGAUCCACACACAUACGAGGACCCCAACGUGGCCGUCCUCAAGUUUGCCACCGAAAUCCACCCCAGCCACAUAACCAAACAGAAAGUCAUCGGAGCUGGGGAGUUUGGCGAGGUGUACCGCGGUAUUCUGAAAGCGCCGGGGAGGAAAGAGGUGGCAGUGGCUAUCAAGACACUGAAGCCUGGCUACACCGAGAAACAGAGGCAGGACUUUCUGAGCGAGGCCUCCAUCAUGGGCCAGUUCUCCCACCAGAACAUCAUUCGCCUAGAGGGAGUGGUUACCAAAUGUAAGGGUUUCUUUAAACACGCCAUGAUCGUAACUGAAUACAUGGAGAACGGAGCUCUGGAUAGGUACCUCAGGGACCAUGAUGGUGAGAUUUCUUCCUUCCAGCUGGUGGGCAUGCUGCGUGGCAUCGCUGCAGGCAUGAAGUACCUCUCUGACAUGAGCUACGUCCACCGAGACCUGGCUGCCCGCAACAUCCUCGUCAACAACAACAUGGAGUGCAAAGUGUCUGACUUCGGCCUGUCCCGGGUGCUGGAGGACGAUCCUGAGGGCACGUACACCACAAGCGGAGGUAAAAUUCCGAUUCGCUGGACAGCUCCAGAGGCAAUAGCAUACAGGAAGUUCACCUCGGCUAGUGACGUGUGGAGUUUUGGCAUAGUCAUGUGGGAAGUUAUGGCUUUUGGAGAAAGACCUUACUGGGACAUGAGCAACCACGAGGUGAUGAAGGCCAUCAAUGAAGCUUUCAGGCUCCCGGCACCUAUGGACUGUCCCUCAGCCGUUUACCAGUUGAUGCUGCAGUGCUGGCUCCAGGAUCGCGCCAAGAGGCCACGUUUCGGAGACAUAGUGAGCCUGCUGGACAAGCUGCUGCGCAGCCCAGAGUCCCUGAAGACCAUUGCAGACUUUGACCCACGCGUAUCCAUCCGCUUGCCAAGCACCAGCGGCUCAGAUGGCUCUCCCUUCAGGUCGGUGUCUGAAUGGCUGGAGUCCAUCAAGAUGAGCCAGUACAGCGAGAACUUCACCUGCGCCGGGAUUGUCGCCAUGGAACAAGUCCUGCAGAUGAAAACUGAGGAUAUUAAGAACAUCGGAGUGAGGCUGCCUGGACAUUUGAAAAGAAUUGCCUACAGCAUCUUGGGCUUAAAGGACCAGACCAGCACACUGAGCGUGUUUGCAGUGUGAUCUUUAUAAUGAAGGGAAUUCAAAUCAGGCACUGCAGCCGGCAGCCCUUUGAACUCUAAACGGAGCUGGAGCACUACUGCGGGGAUGGCUUGGGAUCAUCAGAAUCAAGAGGACUGUGCCAUCCUUUCAGGCUGACUGAAUAAGACAAGCUUACUGUACAUUUUUUCUGAUUUCUUCUUAUCUACAGGGAAUGGAGCAAAUACACACCGACAAAUAUAUCAAGUAGACUGUGUAUAUUUGAAUAUCUAUUUUUUUACUAUCCAUAAUUUCUGUACAGAUGCAAUUUUAUCUUUAUUUUCUCUAUCUUUUUUUUUCCAUUUACGGUUCAUAAAACAGUCUACUCCUUGGAAUGCUUUACACAAAUCGUACCCUGAGCUUGUUGUAUCCAGUACCAAACAAACAAGCGAAGGCACAGUUAAGGUGUGAUCAGCCUUUUUGUUGUGACUGUGGUCGGCAGUGAUGUCACAAAAUCUUCCUUUAAAUGGCACCUUGCUCCAUUUCCUGUUAGGCCGGCCGGUGAGGACGGAGCGCCGCAGUGGCUGAAAUGAGCUUGAGCUGGCCCAGAGUUAAAGAGAUGGUGUUGCCUGGGUGCGUAAACACAGAUGGACCUUGUGUUUUUACUGGCCGCCUCCUGGCUGUGUGCAGAAAUUAAGCUAUAAUCUUAUAAGUGAUGUUUAUAUGAGAAAAAAAAGAGAGGACAU